AUGUCGUCAAAAUACGAUUCGCCCGACGACAUUGUUGUUGCAAAGUUAAACGCACAGUGGAUAUCUUAUUCUCACACACUUUUUGCUUAUGUUGCAUUUUUCUCGGCAUUGGUUAUUGGAUGCUGGACGCAUUAUUAUCAAAUUGUAAAAAAUGAACACUGGGGGUAUCCAGAGGAAUGGUUCCCAAGUGUUAGUGCAGCUACUGGAGAUUGGUACCCAGCUCGUUCAAUUUUUCAAAUCUUUAUAGCGGUUGCAGCGGGACCGCGUUUUCUGUUAAUAUACUUAUUUUACCUUAUUACUGACAAUCCAAAUCAAAUUUAUCCUAAAAUUCAUGCUAUUAUUGGUGUAAUACGCGCUUUUUCCUGUGGUGGAUGGGUUUAUAUAACUUCAUCGGAUGAUCAUUAUGUUCAUGACAUUGCGAUGAUCAUUUAUUUGGUGACAACCUUACCUUGGAUGUUGGGUACUUUGGCUAUAAGUCCCGAUAAUAAGCAAGCCUUAAAAUGGAGAAAGUUAACCGUCAUGGCAUUUUUUGGAACUCUGGUUCCGAUGUUUUAUUUUUUCAUUCAACAUAAAGUUCAUCGUGUCGCUGGUGCUUACACUAUAUACGCGUUUUUCGAAUGGUCUUUGAUUUUAUACGAUAUUGCUUUUGAUGCCUUAAGCUUAUUUGACUUUAGUUCCAUCGAAUUAAGAAUUGUUAAUAUCAAUUCAAAGAAAGGGAUUAUAAAUGUUACCGCAGAAAAAUCCAAAAAGUUCAAGGAAUUUUCCAGAAAAAUUGAACCUAUGUUUGAGAUUAGUUUUUGGAGUAAUCUAAGAGGAUUUGUGGUUGAUACGUACCUUGCUUUUAUAUAUUGGUCAAUGCUGACAUCACUUGCAUUGACGAUUUGGUAUUUCCCUCUUUGGUAUAUGGGAAUAUCAGGGUUUGAAGCUUUCUUGCUUGUUACCACAGCGCCAACAUUGCUUGGGAUUGCUUUUAUCCGUAAAUUAGUCAAUUUAAAUCAUGGCGUAUUCCACCUUUUAUCGCUUGUUGGUAUAGCAGCAUAUUUAUUAAUUGAUCCAGUUCAACGCCUUACAGUUGUGUCGAUAGGUGUUGCUAUUGCAACUUUAACUUGGACUUCCAUAUGGAUUGAAAAUAAUAAUAGUGUUGGCCAAUUAGAGCGAUAUGCUCUCACGUGGGGUUUGGGUUUGAUUUUAAGUAAUGUCGUAAAAAUGGCUUGGUGGACUAAUAAUCCAAUAUGGCCAAUAAUGCAUAAGGAAAAUGGUGGAUGGAAUCACAUUGGACUUUUCUUUGGAGUCCUUGCCUCAUUAGAUGUUAUGUUACGUAAAAAUGGAGAUAAAAUGCAAAUUAAUUAUCAUGAACAAUUAACGACAGUUUCCGGAUCUUGGUUUAUGGCAGCUUCUGGAUUUGGAUCACUUCUUUUUGCACUUCAUUCUUUACUCACUGACAGCUCUACAAUUAUACGUUGGGUUCAUGAUGGAUAUCCAAAUACUGGCCCACUUCCUAUUCCUUGGGGUGCUGUCACAAUUGUUGCAAUGUCCCUUGGAUUAUUUCUUUCACCCUACAAGAAGAUAGUUAUUAGUCAACAUUGGUAUGUCAUUGGAUGUGUUUCUUGUGCAUGUAUGUAUUAUUAUCCCGGAUGGAAUGGAUAUUAUGGUGGACUUGUACUUACUGUCUACUUGAUGUCAUUGGUGCCUACAUUUAUUGGAAUCGUUGUUCAACAUCCUCCCGGAAGAACUUUUCUUACAGCGAUGAUGAUAUAUAAUAUCUUUUGUUUGGCACAUGUAUGGGUUGUAGCCUACGCUUUUGUCCCUGCUGGUGAAUACAUGAGAGAACACACCGAUUAUGUGUUAUUUGCUAUGAUGGUUUUGAUUGGACUUGGUAUCAGAAAUCCUUCUACCAAUUAUAAAUUUAAACAUUUGCAAUUAAAUGCGUUACAUUCAAAUCGAUCGUUAACGAGAGGGGGGUUGGCGAUAAUGACUUUAUUAGGAUUUUUGGUUUCCUUUUCUCGUCUUCCUUUUGAAACACCGACACCUUAUCAUCCAGAACAUAAAAUUUUUACAGCUGGAAUUUGGACGAUUCAUUUUGCACUUGAUAAUGAUAUGUGGGCUAGUGAAGUUAGAAUGAGAGACGUUAUUAAAGAAUUAGAACUUGAUGUUAUAGGUUUAUUGGAAUCAGAUACUUCGCGUAUAAUAAUGGGCAAUCGUGACUUUACUCAAUUCCUUGCUGAGGACCUAAACAUGUAUUCAGAUUAUGGGCCAGGUCCUUCAAAACAUACAUGGGGUUGUGCUAUACUUUCGAAAUUUCCUAUCCUUACAUCAAAACAUUAUCUUCUUCCAUCACCUGUAGGAGAACUUGCUUGCGCGAUUCAUGCAACUCUGGAUGUUUAUGGUCAGGAGGUUGAUGUGAUUGUUAGUCAUAAUGGUCAAGAAGAAGAUGAAAUUGAUCGUAAAUUACAAACGGAAGAAUUGGCGCGUAUUAUGAGAGAGAGUAAAAAUCCUUUUGUAUUUUUAGGAUACGUUGUAACUACCACUGCAGAUGAAAUUUACUCUAUGCUUAUAAACGAUGGUAAUAUUUAUGAUAUAGAUGAGACAGAUUAUGAUCGAUGGUGUGAAUAUAUAGCAUAUAGAGGAGUCAAACGAAUAGGAUAUGCCAGAGUGAGUCAUGGACGCAUAACUGAUACGGAAAUUCAAUUGGGCAAAUUUCAAAUUGUUGAAGAUAAUAAUCCCGAAACUUGGCAAGCAAGUGAUAAACGGGUUGAAGAAAGUAAAGUUGACAAGGGAUUGAGAUUUCCUGAACAAUUUAAAGGAGAAGGGGUUCGUGGUCAUCGAUAUCACGUAUUUGAUGAACCUCGAUAUUAUAAUUAA